UGCCGUGGUGUGAGUGUUGCUUUUGGCCUGGGCCCGUGUCUUUGGGAUACUACGACGCAAUUUGGUUUCAUCGGACGCAUAUCGGCAUUGUGCUGUGGAAGGGGGAAGAAGGCAAGCAGCGGCAAUGGCUGCCAUAGCCGGUGGAAGAGAGAAUGGGGAUCUGGAAUUAUCAGGAGGAAGAGGCGAUACGGCUUUACCUUGAUCCACAACUAAAUCCUAAUUACAGGGCCAUUUCUCAAAUGAUUUCUACUAUACAGGGGCCAUAGUCUUCUGUUCUUCUCCUUAUCUUCUGAAUCUGCUACUCUUCCUAGGUUUCUCAAGUUUCGUAGGCAGUCCAAGUAGAAACAGGUCAGUGCCGCUGUGUCCAGGGCAUAUACUGCCACCACUCAUUAGUAUUAUCAUGUCAUGUCAUGGAUGCUGGGAACAAUUUAUUCUGGCAAGCAUCUUCUUUAGAAUUGUCACAUUAUUCAUGUGGAUGGUGUUCAAUGAUGGGGAUAGGUGGAUCUUGACUGGAAAAUUCAUGGAUAAUUUAUUUUUCCUCCAAGUGUGUCAAGAUCAACUAAGAAGUCUUUGUUUGACAUGCCCAUUUCUUUCCCUUGAUGAUUGAAUUGGCAAUUCGCAGAGCCAACUAAAUCGUUUCCUGGGCAUGCAGUAGGAUACAUGCUAAAACCGUACUGGAAUCAAGGAAAUUAUUUUCAAGUGAACUGUAUCAUAUGGCACGUUGAGAACCAAGCGCUGGCCUGGUGGCUAGAGCUCAAGGUGUUCAGCCAGCCCAAUUGCUUGUUACUUGGUGGUGUCACAGAGGAUACUUCCUGAACUGUACCUGUACAGCUGUACUCUCAUCCAUAAGAUUGGUUUCCAACCAGCUGUAGCAUUUUCUGUACACAGAUAUAUUUAUUGUUUAUGGUUUGUUAGGUGGUCACAAGAAUUUUCCCUAAAUGAUAAAGUGCGUAGCCAAUUUGUCGCCUUUUUUUACUUUUUUAUCUCAGUUAAAAUUUCCAUAUUGGGGGGCUGGUAUACGCUCACGUUUUGUUACCCACAUCCCUCUAAUAAGUUCUCUUGUGUCUCAGUCCUUUCUCAAUCAUUUGGGAAUGUGACUACAAGUCAAGCUAAACAAGCCGGCACUAAAGUCCAGUCGAGUAGAAGUUUCAACUCCCUCACCCUUCUAACAUAUAUCUUCUUGCACACACAAAUAUUUAACAAACAUACUCAAUUAGAGCAAGAACAGAGACAUGGCUCAAGUUCUUGGAGCCAAAUCUCUGAUUGCUCCUUCUCACCAUGCACUCUUUCUUCUCUGCACCCUCGUAUUUUUGUACUCCAACAGCAUAGUAUUCUCAUCAGCACAAGCUACCAACAGAACCGAGGAUGAUCGGCAAGCCCUUCUCUGCUUCAAAUCUGGCAUCUCCAGGGACCCUGCCGGUGUUCUCAGAUCAUGGCGCAAUGAUUCCCUCAACUUCUGCAACUGGCAGGGGGUCACCUGCAGCAUGACCCCUGCAAUCCGUGUCGUGUCCAUCCAAUUCAGGUCUGCGCUGCUCAGAGGAACACUAUCCAGUUGCAUGUCAGGCCUUACUUCUCUAGUUCAGAUGGACCUUCGAAACAAUACAUUGUCUGGAAGCAUACCUGAUGAGAUAGGUGAGCUUCCUGGCCUACAAACUCUGAUGCUUGCCGGCAACAGGCUUGCAGGUAACAUCCCUCUGUCAUUAGGUACAGCUGCAUCUCUUAGAUAUGUCAACCUUGCAAACAAUUCUCUUAGCGGAGUUAUCCCUGAUUCCUUAUCAAACAGUUCGUUACUUAGUGAGCUAAUCCUCUCACGCAACAACUUAUCUGGGGAGAUCCCGGCUAAUCUGUUCAACUCAUCGAAACUAGUCGCUGUUGAUCUCCGGUGGAAUUUUCUCUCAGGAGAAAUCCCACAUUUCCAGGAGAUGGAUGCUCUGCAAUUUCUUAACCUUACAGGGAAUUUACUUUCUGGUACUAUACCAGCAUCUUUGGGAAAUGUUUCAUCCUUGCGUUGCCUCCUGCUAGCACAAAACAACUUGACAGGAUCAAUCCCAGAAACUUUAGGUCAAAUUCCAAGCCUAACAAUUCUAGAUCUAAGUUACAACGGAUUCUCAGGGUAUGUCCCAACCACACUGUAUAAUGUCUCGGCACUCACACUCUUUAGCUUAGGAUUCAACAAUUUUAUUGGACAGAUACCUUCUGAAAUUGGCCACUCGCUUCCGAAUCUCCAAACAUUGGUAAUGGGUGGCAACAAAUUUCAUGGAUUAGUCCCAGGUUCUCUGACCAAUAUGUCAAACCUCCAAGUACUUGAUCUUUCAAGCAACUUGCUGACUGGUGCGGUGCCAUCUCUAGGAUCCUUGGCAAACUUGAGUCAAUUGCUUCUAGAGAAUAACACACUUGAAGCUGAUGACUGGGCGUUUCUUACCUCGCUGACCAAUUGCACUGAAUUGUUAAGAUUAUCAGUGGAUGGGAAUAUCCUGAAUGGAAGUUUGCCAAAAACAAUAGGCAACCUUUCAACAAAGCUGGAGCGAUUAAACUUUGGAAGAAACCAAAUUUCAGGAAGCAUACCAGCUGAGAUAGGCAACCUCGUAAAGCUCACUCUGCUUGACAUGGGCCAGAACAUGCUCUCGGGACAAAUUCCCCUGACAGUUUGGAACUUGAGAAACUUGUUUGUCCUGAAACUAUCCAAUAAUAGAUUAUCAGGUCAGAUUCCAUCAGCAGUUGGUAAUCUUCCUCAACUUGGCCAGCUUUAUCUUAAUGCCAACAGUUUGUCUGGAAACAUACCGGCAGCUAUAGGACAAUGUAAAAGGCUAGCUAUGCUAAACUUAUCAGUCAACAACCUUGAUGGAUCCAUACCGAGUGAGCUCCUCAGUAUUUCUUCACUUUCCCUUGGUUUGGACUUGUCAAACAAUAAACUGGCAGGAUUGAUACCACAAGAAAUUGGUAACUUGAUCAAUCUUGGGUUAUUAAGUGUUUCCAACAACAAAUUAUCUGGUGAACUUCCUUCUGCACUUGGCCAGUGUGUUGCAAUGGUAUCCCUUCACAUGGAUGGGAACAUGCUUAGUGGGAUUAUUCCUCAGUCUUUCAGUUCACUGAAGGUCAUACAGCUGAUAGAUUUGUCUGAGAACAGUUUAACAGGGCAAGUUCCACAGUUUUUCGGGAACUUCAGCAGCUUAAAUUAUAUUAAUAUAUCGUACAACAAAUUUGAAGGACCAAUUCCGAUUGGUGGUAUAUUUGCAAAUUCAAAUGGAGUAUCCUUGCAAGGCAACACAGGGUUGUGUGAAACAGCUGCUGUCAUAUUUGGACUUCCCAUUUGCCCCACCAAAUCAAUAAGGAAAAGGAAGAUGAAGAUGAAUACACGACUGCUGCUCAUAAUAGCUCCUCCUGUUACUAUUGCUUUCCUCUCAUUUCUCUGUGUUGUUGCCACUAUCAUGAAGGGAAACAAAACUCAACCAUCUGAAAGCUUCAAGGAGACACUUAAGAGGGUGUCGUACAGUGACAUUCUUAAAGCCACCAACUGGUUCUCUCUGGUCAACCGAAUCAGCUCAACUCAUACAGCAUCAGUCUACAUUGGUCGCUUUGAAUUCGAAACAGAUCUAGUGGCCAUCAAGGCGUUCCAUCUUAGUGAGCAAGGAUCCAGAAAUAGUUUUUUCACCGAGUGCGAAGUGCUAAAACACACCCGCCAUCGUAAUCUGGUUCAAGCUAUCACCUUGUGCUCAACAGUGGAUUUUGAUAACAAUGAGUUCAAGGCUAUAGUAUACGAGUUCAUGGCAAAUGGUAGCCUAGACAUGUGGAUACACCCAAGGAUUCACAAAGGCACCCCAAGGAGGUUGCUAAGCUUAGGUCAGCGGAUAAGUAUAGCAGCUGACGUGGCUUCUGCUCUGGACUAUCUGCACAACCAGUUGACACCUCCUAUGAUUCACUGCGAUUUGAAACCAAGCAAUGUUCUUCUGGACUACGACAUGACCUCGCGUGUUGGUGACUUCGGAUCUGCCAAGUUUCUCUCUUCAUGUCGUGGUACACCUGAGGGGUUGGCUGGCUUUGGAGGAACAAUUGGAUACAUUGCACCUGAAUAUGGAAUGGGAUGCAAAAUCUCAACAGGCGGCGACGUGUAUAGUUUCGGGGUACUGCUACUGGAAAUGCUCACUGCAGUGCGACCAACAGACGCACAAUGUGGCAACGCCUUCAGCCUUCACAAGUACGUUGGCCUCGCUUUCCCCGAGAGAAUCGCUGAGGUUUUAGAUCCCAAUAUGCCAUUGGAGGAGGAUGAGGUGGCAGCUUCUCUAUGUAUGCAGAACUACAUCAUGCCUUUGGUCAGCAUUGGGCUGAUGUGUUCCAUGGAAUCACCCAAAGAUAGACCAGGAAUGCAUGAUGUCUUUGCCAAAAUUGUUGCCAUCAAGGAGGCAUUUGUCGAAACCUUGUGAUUGCAGCAACCUAGUCGGAUGAGCAGCUAGAUACUGAAGGCCAUGUGUGUAUACGAAAGCACAUACACUGAACACUUCGCUGAUACUUAUAUACAAAAUUAUAGUUGUAUCUCUUAUACAAUCGCAAGAACUGUUUAUAUAUGCUGAUUACCGGUGGUACAGCUUUUUCUCCGAUGUCCGGGACUGCUGCUAUUGGUGUUGUGGCAAGAAAUGACCAAGGGGUGGUGGUUGCAGCUCUCAGUGCUCCUAUCAGCGCUUGUUACGAUGUUGAGGAAGCUGAAGCUAGAGCUAUUUUUGGAAGGACUCCAAAUGGCCUCAGAGCUGAAGAUCAAGUGUGUGGCGCUGGAGUCGGACAGUGCACUUGCUGUAGAUGCUUCGAACGCCACGACUAGAAACCACUGCCAGUUCUGGAGCGUCUAUAAGGAAAUUGGUUUGGCAAAGUCAGUUUUUUCUAGUUGUUCUAUUUCGUAUACUAGGAGAAAGCUCAAUUCAUUGGCUCAUGAGCUAGCCAAACGAGCUAGUGUUUCAGGUGUCUGUAGUCGAUGGUUCGACCCGGUGCCGGAGGAUAUAGCUAGCUUGGCUAAACGGGAUCUUGUAAACAUUGUUUAUGUGUAAUGUAUGAGCUUUCCCCCUAAAAAAAAAAGAAAUUACCGGUGGUAUUUUUUUUUAA